GGAAUAUAAACUGCAUAUUUCCCGACUUCUUACCAAACAAUCGCGAUGACGGACUGAGCCUAGAAAGCGGGGAAGAUGAUGCUGCUGUCGUUGUUGGCUACCUUGAUGGUGGUUUGCAAGUGCCAGGUGACACGCAUAUGGCUGUCACAGCAUCACCUCCGUCCAUGAAUGGAUCUUGGUUCCAGUACUGCAAUGAGCCAUUCAACUUGCCAGACCUACCGAGCAGCAACUUCGAUGGCCUGCAAGCUAUGGCGGACGUUGUUUCCACCCCGAGUCACGCAGACAUAGAGCCGAUCGACAGAGGCUCGGACGUUCAGAUACGCUCGGAAUAUGUGUCGAAACAGCUAGCUGGCAUUCCAAAAUGUUUCGUGGAGCAAGCGCAGACUUCCUUCAUACACCGGAGCCUCAUGCAGUCGAGACCUGAUCCUGCUCUCCAGGAUGCGCUCAGCGUAGCUGCACUCUAUUUCCUGCGGAAUGACAGCAACCGCUUACUGGCUAUCCGCAAUUUGGAACACAAAGCACGCCAGCUGAUUGCAACCACAAAUUUGCAAGCGAUCAGUCGGGCCAGAUUACUUGCCGCCGCACAGGCGCUUUUGGUAUACCAGCUGAUACGCCUCUUUGAUGGUGAUAUACGACUUCGUGCACAGGCGGAGGCGGAUGAAGCGUUCCUCUCAGCAUGGGUCGACCACCUUCGAUCUGACAUAUCGCUUAUGGCCCCGAACAACCUCAACUCCGAGACAGGACAGAACAGCCUUUCAACACGUGACUGGCAGUCGUGGCUAUUCGAAGAGAGCACACGCCGCACUAUCAUUGUGUCCAUGCUGCUCAAAGGCAUCUACCACUUUUUGAAGACCGGUCGCGACACCGAGCAAGACCUUCGAUUGACGUUCAAUGCACACGCAUCUCUUUGGAGCGCACAAUCUCAACAAAGUUGGCUUGCAAAGCGAAACGAUGGACAAGAUCUGCAACUACGUGUCGUGCAUUGGAACGAAGAUAUCACAAAGGCUACACCUGAAGAUCUCGACGAGCUCGGAGUGCAGAUCAUGGCUAUGUUGUGGGGAGUGGGAGCAACGCAACAAUGGUUGGGAGGCAGCUAUCUUUCCCGGCAUGGUUUCCAAAGUGCUUGAGUUACUACAAACUCACAGCACUGGCUGGUAUUUGACAACCUCCUGUUCACUGGUUCUUCGACUCUCGCCUCUCUUCUGCUCGCCUUUCUUUGAGAAGUUGCAGGGGCCAUGCUUAUGAGCAGCGACUCGGGUAGGGUGGUCAUGAUCAGAGAUUGUAACGCAUGUCGCCAAUGACCAGCAACUUGUGUCUGGGAGCAUCCGAUUUUAUGCAACGCCGCGGACGCGAAUUCGUCCGGCCGCAAAACGAAAAACGAUGGCGGUACACCGCUAUUCGCUGUACUAACUUGUCCGAUUACCAGAGCAUUGACAUUCACGCCUGCUGCCUUCUCAUUCUCAUCAGGAGAAGCCAGUUCCG